UGGGUUACGUUGCCGUCGUCAAUGACAUACACUUCUAGUUAACUGGACGGGCGUUUUUGACAAACAUAUAGGUAUUGAUCUGAUUAGACUGCGGGGGAGUACAUAAUGCAGUGUCUCAUGUGUCCGCUUUUGGUUUUGUUUUGAUUGCAGCUUAGCUAGCUAGCGGAUGCCACUCCUCCGUUAGCAUGCGGCUGCUAACCGUUAGCAGCUAACAGCUAACGGCUAGCUGUGCUCGGCUCCAUUCGAAGCCAUGGCUGGAGACUGGCGAGGCUUUGCUUUGCUGGACGAAGCCGAACUCCUUUCCGGCCGCUUGAAGGACCUGCUCUCCUCCGGACAAGCGUACGUCCGGAGCCAGUUCGGCUUGGACUUGGGUAUGAAGCCCGAGCUGUACCCGACGUGGCUGAUGCUGACCACGGCCGCCGUGGGUGUACUGCUGCUGCUCGCUGUGUCCUGGGCCGCCGUCUGUGGCGGGCUGAUGGCCGGCAGGAGGCGGCGGGGAUGCCCGGUCCCCCGCGUCGGCAGCGAGCAUCCUGCCAAGACCCUCUUGACGACCAAACCUGCUAAGCCAGAAGAGGUGAAGAAAAGGAACCAAAAGAAAGUGCGAGAAAAGAAGACUCAGCAGCCUAACGGACAGCCUGCCUCUGUGCUUCAAGAGGAAGUCAAAGUGCUUUCCAAGUCGCCACCCCCACAGACCAAAACCCGGAAGGCCCCUGAAGUGCAAGCGCCUCCAGUGCUGGUGAAAAAAGCCAAGAAAAAAGCCAAAACGAGCGUCAAAGUAGUCCACAGUGUGUCGACACAUGACGGGAAGGAGCCUGAUGAUGGCGCAUGGGAGACCAAAGUUAGCAACCGAGAGAAGAGGCAGCAGCGGCGGAAGGACAAGGGCCCUGAGGCCCUUGGUGGGCCACAGGGGGCAGACGGUGCCCGGAGCCACGCCGAGGCGUCAUUGAAGGUUAAGAAGAACAGAGCAGAAUCUCAGCGUUCAAGAUCGUCUGCUAAAGUGGACUCAUCCAGAGCAGCUGCGCUGUCCACCCAGGGAGAGGUGUCUUCCAUCAAUGGCGGCGGGUGGAAUAACUUUUCCAUGAAGAUUCCUGCUCAGGUGGCUUCUAUGGAGGCGAAUAAGUGGGCUCCACACUACCAGACACAACCUGAAGCCCAGGCCUGGACGCAGGAGUCGCAAGCGGCGUGGAGCGGCAUCGAUGGCCAGAUGAAGUCGGACCUCAGCCCGGUCUCUUUCUCCAUGCUGCGACUCAACGCUGCAGACCCUCUGUCAAAGUCCAUGGAGAUGCAGUGGACCAGCCAUGCUGACGCCGACGAUGAAUGGGGCGGUAUAAACGGGGUGGCCCCUGUGGAUCCCACGUCCGACUGGAACGCACCAGUGGAGCACUGGGGGAACUACGAGGAGCCCCCCGCGGGGUUGAAACUGGUUCAGCUCAAGGAACAACCCGUGCCCAACAAGGUGUCGGAGGAUGAUAAGGACUGCGAGGAUCCAGCAGGGGGGGCCGCCAAGUCCAAGAAGAAAAGGAAAAAGAAGAAGAAAACAGAAGACGAGGCAACGUCCGAGGCUCGGGUGGUCAACGCAGUUCUUAAACCUCAAGAACUUCCUACCGCCGCCUCCAAAAAGCCCAACCCCAGCGCAUCCUCACCAGCUCAGAAGCCACCUGAGCAUGUGGUGGAGGCGGCCAAGCCCUCCCACAAGAAAAAGGUCAGAAGGGACGCCUAAAAGGUCCUGUUAAACCGUUUAUGCAAACGAUUGUUGAAGUAGUCAUAUGCAAUAAUUAUUACCAGGUACAGAGCUUCUUCUUUCUGGGAUACACUUUUUAUCAGUUUCUGAAAAUAUUCAUAAUAUUAAUAAUAAGAAGAAAAGUCACUUGCUUGGUUCUGUUAAGUGAUUAAAGGAAGGGUGGAUGGGGGGGGGAGGGUCCUAUGGACUUAAAUCUAAUUUGCACUAUUUUUGCUGCACUGCAGUGGAGGUACAACUUUGUAUAAUGUUUAUUUUUUGAAUGGAAUCAAAUCCUUUUUUGUUGUUGCAUUGUGUAUAUUUUUAUCAUUUUUGGGUAACUUGCUUCCUGGAAUGUUGCACUUUUCGUUUACAAUUUCCCACCCCUUAUUAAAUGUAAAACAAAAUUCUCCCAUUAUUCAACGUUUCUCAAGACGUCAUGUUCGCUUUACACGUGAACAGCAGAGAGCGGUUCUUUAGACCGUCACCAAUGAUGGCCACCAGGAGGCACUGUAACGUGACUAUUAAAGGCUGAGUGGGAUUAUCCCCUGAUGCAACAGCACGGUGCGUAGUAGUACUGUACUGACAGCCGAUAUUUAUUAUGUCUCUGAGCAGACAUGGAUCAGUCGGUCUGCUCCAGAAUUGGACAAUUUUCCCAUUUUAUGUGCCGGAAAAGACCACACGCUGGACUUUUCCCCCACCUUUGCACUGUGCAAAAGGCUGUUUUUGGUUUGUCUUUUUUUGUUGUUGUUGCAUUAACCAUGAAUGACGACCUUGGCAGCAGCUUUAAUUGUACUUCUUUAUGUCUUUAUUAUGGGAAUUGGAUUCCAUUGCCUUAACUUGUAGUUGUGUAUAUAAGCGUGCAUUGCAGACUUUUUUAAAAAUUUCCAUCCAAUUGUAAGUUUUGAUGUCAAUUGAGUCUUGCAUGACUUUGAUAAUAAUAAUGAUAGUACUACUUGUGUACAUGAAAUCUAAAGCAGCUUUGCCUGUUUUUGUCCUUGAGGUGUAAAUCCACUGUGUAUGAUAGCUUUUUCUUUUUUUUAAACUCAAUUAAAAAAAACAAAUGGCAGUUUUUCCUCUUUAGUAGACAUGAGCAGUACUGUUGUUGUUGUUGUUGUUGUUGUUGUGUUUGUUGUUCCACGAUGAGCUGGUGGUUAGUAGAAGAAAAUAGAACAAAAUAAAUAUUACUACGAUUGUAGGCACCUCCUUUAUUUUUUGGACUAGGUUUUUACUGAUGAUGGAAUCAAUGUAUUUAUAUUACUUCAUUUGUGAAUGAUUUCUUUAUUGAGGUGAUACAGAUGAUAUUUCUAUGUAUAAAAAAAUACAAAUAAAUAAGAAUUGCUUGAUUUGA